AUGCCGUUACAUUUAUCUUCUACUCUUCAGGUACUACUACUAUUAUGCGAGGUGAUCGACUGGUCACUAGCAGCUUUCUCUCCGGUGUAUUUCCACUCGUCUUCUUUGUUGUUCAGAAUUCUGCCAUUCAUCGUUGGUGGCACACUAUGCGCCAUUAUCGUUGCAGCCUUGAUUGUUAUUGACAGGACCACAGAGACGUCAUCAUGUGUAUCAUCACCGACGGACACUGCAGUGAUCUCAGCGUACGACAUCUCGGUCGUAUUCGCUUCAGUAUGUCUCGUGGCACUUGGAGUAUUGCUAGCCAGAAAGCUGAACAGUUCCCUGUACAAACCGGUCCUCUUUCACUUCGUCUCGACGCUACUUCUGCUGGAGAUUCCCUUAGUGGUAGUGAUAUCGCUGAAGUAUGCUGGCCAAAGCACUGCAGCUAUUAGAGCAGCAGACGCCACUAAUCUGCUCGUCGCCCUUCAUUGCGGUCUUCACUCAGCAUAUUUCAUCUACAAUCACGAAGACUACAGGGCAAGUUCUAGUGAAAUAACCUUUCAGAGUACAUAG